UAUAUAUCAAUAUAUAAAUACAAAUAUAUUUAACAAUUAUCCAGCCGACCGGACCGCCCGGGAAGAACCAGCCACCGCACACCCAGACUUCUGGUUAGGCCUGAAAACCUUGACUUCCCCGAUGGCGGCCCAAAGUAAUAAUAAGACGACAGCAGCUGGUUCAGGAUACGGACACGGUGCCGGCUCGGGCAUUGGCGGCUCCUCGAAGCUGUCCCUCUGCCUGAUACACUUCGUGUUGGCCAUCAGUUCGGGACUGGGACUGAAGCACAGCAUUGGCCGCUAUGCGCAGGCAGCCUUUGGCAUAUUCUUUGGCCACAGCCUGCUGUGCCUGCUGCGGCACACACACCCCAAUCCGGGCGCAGUGCAGCGUCUCAUCUGCGACAAGUCGCGCCGCUACGCCUCGGUGCUCUUCAUCACGCUCAUCAUUGGGGAGCUGCAGCAGCUGAACAGGCAGCUCCAGCUGGGCACGAUUGCCGGCGCCGACUGGCAGUGGAUCUCCCUGAUGCUGUGGUCCACCACGCUGACACUGGCCAUCGGCAACCAGUGCCUGGGCGGCCGUAGCGCCCUCGGUGCGAAGAUCGUUCAGCUGGAUGCCGCCAAUCUGGGCCUGUGCGUCGUCUGGAACAUCUACUGCCUGUGGCACAUUGCCAUUGUCGAUGAGUUCUGGUGGUCGCUCGGCCUCGCUCUCCUCGUGCUCAUGAACCACUUUGUGCUGUGGCGCCUGCCGCUGCAGUUCAACAUAACCCAACUGGAGGUCGGCACCGUGGGCAUGUGCUUCUCCGUCAUCUUUGCCAUCAAUGCCAUACAGGAGCAGCUGGAUGCCAGCUGAAGGCCGCUGCUUCUGCCCUUGGAUAUGGAUAUGGCUCCAGGUUCUACGCUUAAGGUUUCCCAUUGAUUGGGAUUUGUUUGUGUUUUUGUGUAUAGUUGAAAAUAAAUCAUCAAAUGAUUUGCAUUUUUCCAA